CGGAAGGAGGAGGAAGCUCUGAAAAGAAAACAGCAACAAGCUGAGCUGCUGAGACAGAGGGGAACAAAAUGGCGACACUGAGUGGGCACCUCUGGGUCAGGGCCCAACUGGGGCUCCCGCCACUGCUGCUGCUGACUAUGUCCCUGGCUGGAGGCUCGGGAACUGCUUCGGCUGAAGCCUUCGACUCGGUUUUGGGGGAUACGGCGCCUUGCCACCGGGCCUGUCAGAUGACCUACCCUUUGCACACCUACCCUAAGGAAGAGGAACUGUACGCAUGUCAGAGAGGUUGCAGGCUGUUUUCAAUUUGUCAGUUUGUGGAUGAUGGGAUUGAUCUAAAUCGGACCAAAUUGGAAUGUGAAUCUGCAUGUACAGAAGCAUAUUCCCAAUCUGAUGAGCAAUUUGCUUGCCAUCUUGGUUGCCAGAGUCAGCUGCCAUUUGCUGAAUUGAGACAAGAACAACUCAUGUCCCUGAUGCCAAAAAUGCAUCUGCUCUUUCCUCUUACUCUGGUGAGAUCAUUCUGGAGUGACAUGGUGGACUCUGCACAGAGCUUCAUAACCUCUUCGUGGACUUUUUAUCUUCAAGCUGAUGAUGGAAAAAUAGUUAUCUUCCAGUCUAAGCCAGAAAUUCAGUUUGCACCACAGUUGGAGCAGGAACCCACACAUUUGAAAGACUCCUCUCUAAGCAAAAUGUCGUAUCUGCAAAUGAGAAGUUCACAAGCACACAAGAGCUUUCUUGAAGAUGGAGAAAGUGAUAGCUUUUUAAGAUGCCUCUCUCUUAAUUCUGGGUGGAUUUUAACGACUACUCUUGUCCUCUCGGUAAUGGUCUUGCUCUGGAUUUGUUGUGCAGCGGUUGCUACAGCUGUGGAGCAGUAUGUACCCUCUGAGAAGCUGAGUAUCUAUGGUGAUUUGGAAUUUAUGAAUGAACAAAAGCUGAACAAGUACCCAGCUUCUUCCCUUGUGGUUGUUAGAUCUAAAACUGAAGAUCAUGAUGAAGCAGGGCCUCUACCUACAAAAGUGAAUCUUGCGCAUUCAGAAAUUUAAGCUGUUUUUUUGUUUGUUUGUUUGUUUGUUUUUUUAAAAGUGUAAUUGACAUCUAAAUUUCCAUUCCUGGUAGGGCUUUCUAAAUGGUUUCAUUGGGCAUCAGGCUUAAGAAAUCAGUAUGAAAUGCAAAUAAAGUCACCCAAAUCUGUAAAGACU